AUGGCAGAGCUCCAUGCUGCCGAAGUUCGUGCUAGUCCAGACGCAAGCCCAGAUGCGGGCAAGGCCUCUGCGCAGGCCAGUGGGGCACAUGCGGAGCCCGCCGAGCAGAAGAAGAAAAUGGACUUCCUUUUCGCAGGAGCCGUCGAGGCCAAGGAUGUCAAGGAAGCCAAGGAAGCCGAGGACACCAAGGAAGCCGAGGACACCAAGGAAGCCGAGGACACCAAGGAAGCGAUGGAAGCGGAAGAGUCCGAGGAUGAGGUGCCUGCCUUCGCAGCGCUCUCCGCCAUGCGGGCACGCAACAAGGAGGGGCCAUUGGAAGACUUGGGCACUGUCAUGCCGGCAGACGCCGCAGAAGCACAGCCCGAAGCAGCUGAAGGGCAUGCCGCGGAAGCGGCAGUGGCAGCUGAAGCGGAAAGGGCUGAGGGGCCGGACGUGGCAGAGGAGGCGGCUGAGGCGGCUCACGCGGCCGCCGAACUGGCUGAACCAGCUCAAGCAGCUGAAGCAGUUGAAGUCACUGAAACGGUGGAAGCGGCUGAAGCGACUGAGGCAGCUGAAGCGGCUGAAGGCCUUGGAAGCGUAGAGGGUGCAGGCACUGAGCAGCAAAGCCAAGAAGCAGAGGAAGCCAAGGAAGCCGGGGACACCAAGGAAGCCGAGGACACCAAGGAAGCGAUAGAAGCGGAAGGGUCCGAGGAUGAGGUUCCUGCCUUCGCAGCGCUCUCCGCCAUGCGGGCACGCAACAAGGAGGGGCCAUUGGAAGACUUGGGCACUGUCAUGCCGGCGGACGCCGCAGAAGCACAGCCCGAAGCAGCUGAAGGGCAUGCCGCGGAAGCGGCAGUGGCAGCUGAAGUGGAAAGGGCUGAAGGGCCGGACGUGGCAGAGGAGGCGGCUGAGCCGGCUGACGCGGCCGUCCAACUGGCUGCAGCAGCUGAGGCGAUUGAAGUCGCAGAAACGGCUGAAGCGGCUGAAGGCCUUGGAAGCGUAGAGGGAGCAGGCACUGAGCAGCAAAGCCAAGAAGCAGAGGAAGCCAAGGAAGCCGAGGACACCAAGGAAGCGAUGGAAGCGGAAGGGUCCGAGGAUGAGGUUCCUGCCUUCGCAGCGCUCUCCGCCAUGCGGGCACGCAACAAGGAGGGGCCAUUGGAAGACUUGGGCACUGUCAUGCCGGCGGACGCCGCAGAAGCACAGCCCGAAGCAGCUGAAGGGCAUGCCGCGGAAGCGGCAGUGGCAGCUGAAGUGGAAAGGGCUGAAGGGCCGGACGUGGCAGAGGAGGCGGCUGAGCCGGCUGACGCGGCCGUCGAACUGGCUGCAGCAGCUGAGGCGAUUGAAGUCGCAGAAACGGCUGAAGCGGCUGAAGGCCUUGGAAGCGUAGAGGGAGCAGGCACUGAGCAGCAAAGCCAAGAAGCAGAGGAAGCCAAGGAAGCCGAGGACACCAAGGAAGCGAUGGAAGCGGAGGAGUCCGAGGAUGAGGUGCCUGCCUUCGCAGCGCUCUCCGCCAUGCGGGCACGCAACAAGGAGGGGCCAUUGGAAGACUUGGGCACUGUCAUGCCGGCGGACGCCGCAGAAGCACAAGGGCCGGACGGUGCCGAGGAGGCGGCAGAAGUGGCUGAAACCGCUGAAGUGGCUGAAGCACCUGGAAGGGACGCGGGUGCAGGCACUGAGCAGCAACGCCAGGAAGCAAAGGCAGAGUCUGUCAAGAAGGUCGCCAAGGAGCCACAGCCGCUGAAGGCCCAGAUUGUGAUUGAGGAUGAUGAGAGCGACGAGCACUUCGUAUUGUCGAAUGACGAGUGGCGUGAGUUCUUCAGGACCCAUGGAGCUCGUGGAAUGCCAGGGAGUGGCAGGAGCUCAAGCGACUGCAGGUGCCCAGGGGCAGGAUUUCUCGGAGCGCUAUAA